AUUCAGGAUUAUCUAAGAUUUUAUGGUCUAUCCCCUUAUAAAGACCAACACCUUUGCUUAUUUUCUCAGAAAGAAGCUUCUUAAUCGCUUCGAUCUCACCUAUUCUACGCAUCCCUCGGGAGCUACUCCUUCUGUAUUAUAGUCUCACUACCACCACUACCGCUAAGAUGGAUCACUUUGAUUGGUCGACGCCUUUCCCGGAAGGUGUCAUAUCCUUCCUCGAUACCGAUUUAUACAAAUUGACGAUGCAAUGUGCCGUCUUCAAACACUAUCCCGACGUACCUGUUUCGUAUGCUUUCACCAACCGUACGCCCGAGAAAAAGCUAUCGCGCAAAGCUUUCUCGUGGCUUUGCGAACAAAUUAGCAAGCUUGGCAAUAUCUCAUUAUCGGACGAUGAGCUUCGAUUCUUGCAAUCGCAUUGCAAGUAUUUAUCAACACCUUAUCUAAACUUUUUGAAAGAGUUCAGACUCAAGCCCCGAGAGCAACUGAUCCCGACUUUCUAUCCUAUAGGGGCAGACACCGGGGCCGAAGAUGAAUUGGGCGACAUCCACAUCGAGGUUCGCGGCAAGUGGGUAGAUACUAUCCUCUAUGAGAUCCCGCUUCUCGCCCUGACUUCCGAGGCUUACUUCAAAUUCAUGGACAAGGACUGGAACUACGAUGGGCAAGAGGAUAAGGCGUACGGAAAAGGAAUGCGACUUCUUGAGGCAGGAUGCAUACUCUCCGAAUUUGGAACCCGUAGACGAAGAGAUUAUCAUACCCAGGCGUUAGUAUUCAGGGGCUUAGUGAAGGCCAGCAAGGACGCGGAAAAGCGCGGACUUCCUGGUAAACUCUCAGGCACUAGCAACGUCCAUCUAGCUAUGCGAUUCAACCUUCCACCUGUCGGAACCGUCGCUCAUGAGUGGUUCAUGGGUGUCGCAGCCAUCACGAACGAUUACUUAGGCGCGACUGAAGAGGCGCUACGUCGAUGGAUUGGUUGUUUUGGCGAAGGCGUAUUAGGAAUCGCAUUAACAGACACGUUCGGUACACCGGAGUUUUUGAGAUCGUUUAGUAAACCUGUCAGAUACCUCCCUGAUACACCGAACCUACCCCUCUCGGAUGACGGCAGUCAACCAACAACGUCAUCACAAUCCUAUGCGGACGUAUUCAGUGGCGUGCGCCAAGAUUCGGGCGACCCGGCCACCUUUGUUAAAUUGAUGCGCGAGUUCUAUGAUAAGAAUGGGAUUAAGGAGAAGAAGACCAUUGUGUUUUCUGACUCGCUAGAUAUCGAGAAGUGUAUCGAGUAUAAGCGUAUAUCUGAGGAACAGGGCUUCCAACCGACCUUUGGUGUUGGCACCUACCUAACUAACGACUUCACCCAAAUCACGACCGGGAAGAAAUCGGUACCGCUAAAUAUCGUCAUCAAACUGAGUUCCGCGGCAGGAAAUCCCGCUAUCAAAAUAAGUGAUAACAUUGGAAAGAACACUGGCGAUUCUGCCACGGUGGCAGAAGUGAAGAAGCUGCUGGGCUAUAUAGAGAAGGACUGGGCAGGCGGAGACGAAACUUCGAGAUGGGGAAAGGCCGACGAUGUUCAACCCUAAGCAGGUCACAUGCUGGUAAUGUGCGAUGAACACUUUUGGACGAGUCAUGAAUUAGACUUCUAGAUACUAGAAUACUAUCUAGACAAUUUGGAGGAUUUGCCACCCCCAUGGGAAUACCUGAGUCGCGUUCGCGUUCUAGUUGGCCACGAGAUUUGGUGGAUCCCCUAAAAUACCUACCCUGAUAUUUACAAUAUUUACAAUGUAGGUAGACCAGUCAUUGGUCAU